UGGGGGUGAAGGGUGAGUUCUUGCAGAGCUCCCAUUCCAAGUGCCUCUCUCCUCAUUCCAGUUGCCAAGCACUCUUCCUUCUCAGGGAGCCAUACCCAAGGAAUAAGGGGCUGGGACUCCAGUUCCUGGGAACCUGCCUCUCUGAUGCACAGAAUCUAGUCUAAACCUGUUUCUUCCUGUCUCCUCUGACAUUUCACUGGCAGCUUGGGCAGAAUCUCUCUUCAAAUGGCUUAUCUUCCUCCUGCUCUCAAUAACCUGAAUGGAAGAAUGCUGCCCCACCUCACUGCUGGGCUUCUCCUUGCGUUGGCCUCCUCUUUCAGUGUGUCUGAGGUCUUCAUUUCAGGAAUUUAUUUUGCCUAGUCAGCCUGUCCUACUGCAGCUGCAAGGGAGCUGGAAACAGGCAAGUGACUUACACUAGGAAACACGUGGCAAACCUGACUGUACAUGUCAGUCUUCUCCCUUUGUGCCUGUAACACUCCCUAGAGCACAUGAUCCAGGCACCAAAAAUCAGCAGAGAAACGGACUCCACAGCUGGGAGAGGGGUGCACUGGUAUCAGAGACUCCGACACGAACCAUGAGAACAAACCAGCUCAUCAAAUACACUUUGUUUGUCUCCUGUUACCUCUUCUGGGUGAGUCUGAGCAGAGCUGGGGCUGCCACGCCCAGGGUGGGGCUGCCACUGGCUGGGCAGCAAGAUCACUGCUUGCAGGGAAACCCACUUUCAAAGUCGUCCCAGUGAAGAGUCAGUCUGGCCAGUUGUGAUACUAGGGCCCUGUGGUGAGGAUGGCAGGGUGCAGGUCCCUUGUAAAUUGCUAAUCUGCCCUCUAGUAUCCCUUCAUUGGGGCUCCCCUUGGACAGGCUGUUAGUCCUGCUUCUCUUCUCUGGCUGGGCAAAUGUCUCCUGCUCCCAGAAUUAGAUGCUGUUGGGGAUUUUUCCUCUUGCAAAAUGAUGAGUUUGUCUCUGAUUCUUCCUCCCUAGGUGGCCAGUGGGCUCAUGGUUGCAGUUGGCAUUUAUGCCAAACUCUCUAAAGAAGCAAGUGCUGUGGAUUCGCUGCUUGCUGAUCCCUCGCUGAUCCUGCUUACGGUGGGGAUCCUGAUGUUUGGCAUCACGUUUGUGGGGUGUACAGGAGCCUUGCGUGACCUGCCUGUGCUGCUGAAAAUUUUUGCCUGGAUUUUACUGAUCAUUCUCAUUCUCCAGAUCGUGGCUGCUGUCCUGGGAUUUCUCUUCUCUGGCAUGGUGUUGGAGAAAGCAGCAUUUCUGAUGGGAAAAGCUAUCUCCGGUUAUAGGGAUGACCUAGAUUUACAGAACCUUAUUGAUUAUAUACAGAAAAAGUUUGAGUGCUGUGGGGUGCAUUCCUACAAGGACUGGUCCCAGAAUAUUUACUUUGAGUGCCAAGACUCCAACCCAAGCCUGGAACGCUGUGCUGUGCCUUUCUCCUGCUGCAUCCAAAAAGAUCAAGAGGCAGCCAUUACUAGUGUUCUCAACACCAUGUGUGGCUAUGGGACCCAGAACCUGAGAUCAUGGAAAGCAGAAAGUCUGAUAUACAUUGAGGGCUGCUUGGAAAAGAUUGUUGGCUGGGGGCAGAGAAACCUGCUGCUUGUUGCAGGGAUAGCAAUAGGACUCUUUUUCUUGGAGAUUCUCGUGUUUUCCAUGGCCGUGAUGCUCAUUUACCAGAUUGACUUUAUCAUACAGAAACGGAAAAGCACAAGGAGGAGAGGCCCCGAAAAAUAAGUCUGUUGCUCCCAUCAAGAGCCCAGCAUGGUCUCUAUUGCCGCUGGUGCGGGCUGUGUAGAAGGAACAGACUGAGAUCUCAGUCAAAACACUGUGAAUACCCCAGAGGGUGCCAGGGCCCAUGCCCCAGUUGAAUGAACAGACACUGGAAAGCAUUUUCUGUGCAUAUGAGGCAGAGGCAACUGCUGCUUGGAAAGGACCCUUGCUGCCUGAUGGGAUCAUCUGAUGGGUCUCUCACUCUCUCCUCCCGCACUGUUUUAUUACCAUGGACAUUUGCACAAUACCAAAUCUUUCUUUUUUGAGAUUCCUGAUGUUUAUUCUCCAUCUGUGGUCAGAGUCCUCUGGUUGCUUUAGCAAUCACUUUGGAGGACAGGAUUACAAUUGAAAAGAAACUUGACAAAUUGGAGAAUUAGUCAGAAAUCAACAAGGUGA